GUCAUUUCCGUUAAAUGGCGACGACGAUGGAUAGUUCAUAUCGAAGUGUGUUGUCGUAACUUUUUCUUUGUGAUUUUGAGAAAUCCUUCAAUUGUUCUUUUUAUAUAUCAUAAUUUUGUUACUUUAUUGAGUUUAUAUAUGAAAAUUAGCUUAUAAAUUUCUAUUUGUAAAAGCGAUAAAAUUGAAACAUAAGCGUGCCUUGUGUCGGACACUUUUGUAUGAGAAUAAUGGCCGAUGUUGAAGGAAAAAAGCUCACUGAACUGCGAGUUAUAGAUUUGAAAACAGAACUCGAAAGGCGUGGGCUAGAUAAAACUGGCAAUAAAGCAGCACUUCUUGAGCGUCUUUCCAAAGCCAUAACUGAUGAAGGUCAAGAUCCUGAUGAAUACUUAAUUGUACCUUGUGGUGGAUUAUGCAAAGUUAGUCCAAGAAAAAAUAGUGUAACAGGUACAAUUAAUCAAGAUGAGACUAAUGAGACAUUAGAAAAUCAAAAAGAAGAAAGUAUGGAGGUAUCUGAUAAUAAUGAUAUGAAACUUAAACAAGAAUCAAAGCCUGUUAUAGAAGAAAAUACAACAAUAUCUAAAGUGGAAGAACUUCAAAGUGAAAUUCAAAAUAAUGUUAGCAAGGAAAUAGAACACAAACAGGAACUUAAGAAUCAUUUAAAUAAAAGUUUGAUCGAAAAUACACAGGCUAUUGAUAAGAAAAUAGAAUCUGAUGUAGCUACUACAGUAAAUCAAACCACAACUAAUUCAGUUUCUACUGUUGAGGCCAAUGGUAUCGACAAUGAAGAUUCCAUCAAUCUAACUAUUGGCGAAGAUGAAGAAAAUCUCCUCGCUGAGGAGACAGAAUCUCACGAGAGGCAUAAGGAUGGAGGAGAGAAGAAGAAAGUGGAAGAAAACAAGAAGGGAGACUCUAAAGGGAGCGGUAGAGCAGAAGCUGGUGCCAACAACAAGGAAGGGACGACAUCAGGUGGAAACAUCGGGACGAAGAACAAGCAGGACAGUGGUGGAGAUGGAAGCAAGAGCGUGGAGUCUAGCAACAAGAGCCAAAAAAGAGAUGAUAAAGACAAAAAAACUUCUCAAGUUAGUCCCAUUAAUGCGAGUAGUAGAAAUUUAUGGGUAUCUGGAUUAUCUUCGAGUACUCGCGCUACUGAUUUAAAACAAAUAUUCUCAAAAUAUGGAAAAGUGAUAGGUGCAAAAGUAGUUACAAAUGCAAGAACACCAGGUGCAAGAUGUUAUGGUUAUGUAACUAUGUCCACUAGUGAAGAUGCUGCAAAAUGUAUACAACAUUUACAUAGAACUGAACUUCAUGGACGUGUAAUAUCUGUAGAAAAGGCCAAAGGUGACACUCAACAAAGUCAUAUGCGCAAACGAGAUACUACGAAUGGAAAAUCUGAAAAAAAAGAAGAAAAAGAAAAGACAAAAGAUAAUCAUGAGAUUAAUGAUCGGAAAGAUAAAGAAACGAAGAAAGAAACAGAAGAUAAAGGAACAGAAGCAAUGAAAAAAUCGGACGAAAAAAGCAACGAAAAUAUUGAAAAUAAGAAAGCAGAGGUGCAGGAAAAGAAAGAUGAAGUUUCGAAAGAUGCUGAUUCUCGAUCAACUAAAUCUACUAGUAAAAAACCGGAAAGCGAGAGAGGAAGACGUGACGAAAAAAGAAUUCGAUCCUGGGAUCAUCAUCGAUCUCAUACUCGAUCUCGCAGCCGCGAACGACGUAGGCGUGAUGAUGUGUUGACCUUUGCAAAAAUCAGGGAGGAAAGAGAAAGACAGAGAUUACGAGAAAGGGAGAGAAUGCUUCGUGAAGAAGAACGGAGAAGAAGAGAAGAUAUGGAACGACAACGGGAAGUAGAACGUAGACAAAGAGAAGAAGCUGCACGAUUAGAAAGAGAACGAGAGAAAUUAAGAAGAGAAAGAGAAAGAAUUGAGCAGGAGAGAGCUGAGUUACUUCGACUCGAACGGGAACGUCAAAAAUUGGAGCGGGAAAAGCUGGAGCGAGAAAGAUUGGAACUGAAAAGACAACAAAUGCGAUUAGAAGAGAGUAGACGUGCUCCACCUCCGCCGUCCAUUAAACGAUGUUCUAGCGAUAGAAGGGAUCCAAGAGAUAUAUAUGUUGAACCAGAUAGAAAACGUAUGGCCACUGAGCAUAGUCGAAAACACAUUCCAGAACGUGUAAGUGAUCGUCGUGGUGAGAUUUUAGAUCGCGUCUCAGACAGACGAUUAGACGCAUCCCCGCCUACUCGCUACGAAUCUAGUAGAUCCAGUCAAGAUUUAGGGUUGAAAAAGGAAUUCAAACGUAGUAGCGAGUUUACUUCCCGUAGUAGUCGUCCCGAAAGCUUUUCCGAUGUAUCCCGAGGAAGAGAAGUGAUCGUACGUCGAGACACUCUUAGCACGACAGCAACGUCUAUCGAUCCUCGACAAGUUAAGGAAAGAUAUGAACGUGCGAGUACUACUACUUAUACUCGUGAUCGUGAUGUCAGACGUUCUGAUACAGAUACCCAUAGAAGUUCUAGGGAUAGUCAUACGCGUUACAGUGAAAGUUUCAAACCUACUGGAUCUAGUACUCCACGUGAUAGUCGUUAUGUUGAAAGCAAUCGAACAACUAGUAGUUGGCAUUCUGGACCUUCAUCUACAAAAUCAUUUAAUUCCGUACCUAGUAGCGGAACUCGAGAUCCUCGAAACGAACCAUCUAGUUGGAGUUCUAGAUCUUCCGAUAAUGUAAACAGAUGGAGUAAUUCAAGCAGUAUGGGAAACACAUUACGACAUCCAGUACCACCUACGUAUCAGAGUGGUCCUAUUCAAUCAAUGGGAUUAACUGCACCCGGAACAGCACCUUCAUACGAUCGUUUUGAUCCAUAUAAAUCAUCUAUGCCGAGCAUGAGAAAAUAUUGA